GACCAAACUAAGGGUGUUGGCCAAGAUGCCUCAUCUGUGAUUAGCUCGAAAUUGGGAACUGUGGCCACUCAAGUGAAGGUCGAAACUUUUCCUGGAAAUGAGAAUAUGCCAAAGCAGGUUAGGAAGCCUUAUACCUUUACAAAACACAGAGAGAAGUGGACAGAGGAAGAACACAAAAAGUUUUUUGAAGCCUUAAAGCUGUAUGGCAGUGCUUGGCGCCAAAUAGAAGAACAUGUUGCUCAUGAUUCUGGUAAUGAUGGUGAUGGAUCACUUAAUGUGAUGGAUAUCCCUCCGCCUAGGCCGAAGAAGAAACCACUGCAUCCUUACCCCCGUAAGAUGGUGGAUUCGCCUAUAACUAACCUUGGAAGUUCAGCUCAGUCUGAAAGGUCUCCUACCCCAAGUGCAUCGCCUCAGGGCAGAGACACUUAUUCCCCAGAUUCAGUUUUGUGUGAUUCAGAUCUUUCUGGAUCUCCAGUGGCUGCACAGCGAAGCGCUAACCUUUCACCAGCCUCUUGUAAGAUGGAUGCACACUCCGAUUACUUAAUCUCUACAGAGAAUGACGCCAAAUAUAUGACAUCAAAAUCCAGUAUUGAAGAGGAAGUACCUGUUGCAUCAAAAGUAGAAGCUGAUAGUUGCUGGACCAGUUACCAAUUCCAAAACGGUAAAUUUACUAUUCAAGCGAGUUACAGGUACCAAGCUGUUGAAACACCUUUAGCAGGUAUCAAGCUGUUUGGACAGACGGUUUUUGUACCAGAUGCUCCUCACCUUGGUUCACAAGGUACAGAAAAUUGCAACUCAUUGCCAUCUAAUGCAACUGAAGAGAAAAUCAAUAUCGGCAAUGACAAUCUGUUUCACAGCUUCCCAUUUAACCAAGCAAAUGCACAGUUCAUUCUUGCCAUGGUUCCUGGCAGUACAAUUCCACCAGCUUCGCUGCCAGAAAAUUGGCUAGAUGACAAUCCUAACAAUUUAGCAUCUCUUCCUGCUACUAUGUCUUGGCGGUCUUGGUACCAAGGUUUAGUGCAUCGAUUCGUCUCGCCAUGCAGCCAAACAGCCACGGGGAGUUCUGUUCCUAGUCAAAGACAAAACAGUAAAGAAUCUCAGAGGGAGGGAUCAUCAUCUGGUUCUAACAUUGGCUCAGCCAGUGAAGCAGAUUAUGGAAAGAGGAACUGUUAUGCUGUUGAAUCUAAAUGUACAUCCAGGAGCGAGAAACGGAACUACAUAAAGGGAUUUGUACCAUACAAAAGAUGUUUAGCAGAGAGGGAUGGUAUGUCAUCGGGGGUUGGUGCAGAAGAAAGAGAGGUACAAAGAGCCCGAAUGUGCUCAUAGUGCUUUCUGUUGCAGUUACCUCUCUUUUCAAUUCCUCCUUGCCUGACCUGCACUUUUGCAGCCCUACACACAAUGGUCUGAUUUAUUACCCAAUAUCUGCUUGUCGAAUAAUUUAGGCUCGCAGAUAUUUUAAUUCUUGUCAUCUGAUGAUGACUUACGCCAACUUCAUAAAGAGACGAGACCAUUUGCAGACAUUCCUUGUCUUUUCAGCAUUCAUUUGGUAUUCUAUAUAAACUUCAGCUAUGUUGUUCGGACUCUCCGAAAAUGUGGCCGGAUACGUGUCGGAUCCUCCAAAAGUAGUGCAUUUUUGAAGGAUCCGACACGGGUGCGGCUACAUUUUGGAAAGUCCGCGCAACAGAAUUUUAGAGCAGAAUGAGAUCUGAGAUGUAUGGAAAGUAGAGUUCAUAAGCAGAUAAGGUAUAGCCAAGAAUCCUUCCUUUCAACACAUGUAGACUGUAGUCCUAUCUGUAUUAUAACCCUAACAGUUGACACUGUCAAUACUUUCCUAGGAUAGAGAUCCCAUUCUUCUUAUUUGAUAUGAUGUUUUACACCAUCUGGUCUCAACUCCCUGCUGUGGCUGGUAAUAUUAUUCUUUUUGAGAUUGUAUUAAUAUGCCAUCCGAAUCCAUAAAACUAAGCAGUGGGGAGAAGUAUGGGCUCAGCUUAUUUUCUCUGAAAAAACUCACAUGCUCAAUUCUGUAUAGCAGCAUAUCAACUGGGGUAUAGCGCACCAAUUUGCUAAGGAAAUGCCAAAAAAAAAAAGCCAAUGUCUGCAGC